CCUAUUCAAAAUUUCAAACUCACCAUGCUAAGGAACCUGAAAAUCUUAAUCAAUGUUACUUCCCGGAAUUCUCUUUAUAUAUGCUUACUCCAACAUCAAUAAUUUUACUUCCAUUAUAUGAUAAUCAUUUCAAUGCAAUGGCAUCAGCAGCAUCUUCUGCACUUCUACAGCCACAGCAACAACAAUCAGGAGAAACUAUUUCAUCUCCAAGCUCUAGUGCUUGGAAAUCUUCAGGAUCUAUUGGCCCGUUUUUUGCUGUGAUCAUUGUUCUUACCAUUCUUGCUGUGCUUUCUUGCUACUUGACUCGCAUGUGUAAUCGAAGGGAACCUACCCCAUUGGAGAGUAUCAAAGGUAGAGGUUGUUUUGGAUGGGUGAAACGUCGGUGUCGUCGAUGUAUGAGUAGAGAUGUUGAAGUUGGAGGCGUUGGGGCUAAGGUUAUGGUUUGUGAUGAAGAAGUGGAGAAUGAUUGCAAGGUCAAAGAUGGUGAUGUUCAAGUUUAGUUUUUCUUUUUCAUAGGUAGAUGUUUGUAUAAGAGAUCGAUCGAAUAUUGGACUUCUUAUAUAUAAUUUCUUCAAUGUCUAAAUCCUUAGCAAAUUAAUGUCUAUUACAAUUUA